AUGUCUCCAACUGAAAUUUCUGACGCUUUCCCAACUGAUGUUAAGUUGAAAUAUGUCCCAUAUUCUAAGGAACACGAAGGAAUUGCUUCUUGUGCUAACCCAAUCGAAUAUGAUUUAGCUAAAGAAUUGCCAGGUAAGACUAUUGUUAUCACAUCUGCACCAGGUGCUUUCACUCCAACCUGUACCGAGCAACACAUUCCAGGUUACAUUCAACAUGCUAAGGACUUUAAGGCCAAAGGUGUUGAUAAGAUCAUUGUUCUUACUGCCAAUGAUCCUUUUGUUAAUGCUGCUUGGGGUAAGGCAUUGGGUUACAAAGAUGAAGAAAAUUACAUUAUUUUUGCAACUGAUCCAAAUGGUGCCUUAUCAUCUUCAUUGGGUGAUAAUUAUGUAGUUGAUUUAUCCAAGGUUGGAUUUGGAUUAAGAACCAAUAGAUAUGCUGCUAUUGUUGAAGAUGGAAAGGUUACAUUUUUGGAAAAUGAAGAUGCUGGUGGAUUUUCUGAUAUUACCAAGGCUGAAAGUCUUCUUUCAAGAUUUUAA